CACACUCAGGUAAAGAUUUGGCACCCGCGCCUCUUUCCUACACUCGCUCGCAGACGUCAAGACGACAAACAACACUUGCUUCUUGAAAGGACAGCGCCAAACCCGACGCGCUCGCACAACCGCGUUCAGUAUGCCGAAGGAAAAAGAUACCACCAUGUCUUGUGAGAGACGCAAGUCCUCCAAGCCAAUCAUGGAGAAAAGACGCCGGGCUAGGAUCAACGAAAGUCUGAACCAACUGAAGACUUUAAUUCUGGACGCCCUUAAGAAAGACAGUUCCCGCCAAAACAAGCUGGAGAAGGCCGACAUCCUAGAGAUGGCUGUGAGGUAUCUCCGCGACAUACAAAGACACCAGCUGACCGUCAGCGCCAGUACAGACCCAGGUACUCACGCCAGGUACCGGGCAGGGUUUAACCACUGUACGGCCGAGGUCUCCCGCUUCACCGAAGGCAUGGACCCUCCAGUCCGACAGAGGUUACUCAGCCACUUGGCCGGACUGUGUCAGACCGUGGAGGAUGUCGAGGGGGACCCCGGUCCGUCCACGCCGACUCCCGCCGCGCCGGUCCAGCCCACCGCGGCGCCCACCAUGUCUGUAGCCGGGGCCAUCCCCGUAGUCAGCCCGAAGGUCCAGCUGACUCCGUGCCCGGGAGCGGGUCUCCAGUCCACGAUGUACGGGGGGAUCCCCGUGGUACCGGGGCCGGUGUCGGGCGGGGAGCCGGUGGUGGUACUGCUGCCUAGCCAGGCCUUCCCGGGAGGACAGGUCCCCAGUCAUGUCAUUCCCGUGUACGCGAACGCCACGCUCUUAACCCAGCCUGCCACACAACUGUACAGACACGGGUCUACCGUAGCGCCACAGUCUCCUGCACCGCAGAACAGAGGCGUCGAAACUGGCAACGUGUCCUCGGGAGAAAAGCUCGUCACCCCCGCCCAGAACACCGCACACUGUCCGGGACAUGUCAUCGUCGAGUCCGAGAAAAUGUGGAGACCCUGGUAGUAGUACAAAUCCCUACAAACUU